ACUAGUACCCUUUUUCACUAACUUUUUGUUCAAACCACCAUCCCCAAAAAACUCUGAUUUUUUUCCCUUUCUCUUUCAUUUUUUAAUCUGACUAGUGACAAGUAGUCUCUGGAAAAUUAAUUACUCUCUCGGCUUUAAAAUUUUCCUUCAACCCUAGUGGGGGAUCCUACUAAAAGCCUAGCUAGCUACACCACAACCAAUGCAAAUCAUAAGUCACUCAUGAUAUAAUCACAGUUUUAAACCCUUCCUUUUCACCUCUUUCAUCCAUUCUCCUCAUCAAUCCAUAUACCUCACUUCUAUUUCUUACUAUAUUUGCUUCUCUAAACUUUUUUUUAUUUUUGGUUUUUUUUCCCUUCAUCCUUUCUCUUCCCUUUCCUUUGUAUAUUUACCACCGGUUUGUGGCAAACCUAGCUAGCUAGAUCUCUAGUUCUCUCUGCUAUUCUCAUGUUUACUAAUUCGCACCACAAAGUAAUGGGAAACUUAUCACCUUUGUCGGAGCCAGACCUCUCCUUAAACAUUAGCCCACCUUCUAUUUCGGAUUCUGAAGCCAAAGAAGUGGGAGGCUUUAGCAAAGUGCUUUACAAUGAUAUGUGUUCAACCUCUGAUUCAGGAAGUAGUGGAAGUGAUUUAAGCCAUGAAAAUGGGUUGUUCCACACGGACACUGUCCAUAACCUUGUUCAUCGUGAGCCCACAUUGAGAUUAGGCGUUGGAAACAUGCCAGAUUUGAAUCCACAUCAUCAUCAUCAUCACCAAGUACAAGGAGUCCCGAGAAACUUCAAUCACCACCACCACCACCUCCAACCUCACAUCUAUGGCCGCGAUUUCAAACGAAGUGCAAGGGUUGUUAAUGGUGUCAAAAGAAGCGUCAGGGCUCCUAGGAUGAGAUGGACCACGACCCUCCAUGCCCAUUUUGUUCAUGCGGUUCAGCUUCUUGGAGGCCAUGAAAGAGCAACUCCGAAGUCUGUGUUGGAGUUAAUGAAUGUUAAAGAUCUAACCCUAGCACACGUCAAGAGUCACUUGCAGAUGUAUAGAACAGUGAAGAGCACUGACAAAGGCACAGGUCAUGGGCAGACAGAUAUAGGCUUGAGCCGAAGGCCAGGGAUUGUUCAUGUGCAUGCAGCCACAGCUACUUGUGAGAGACCCAAUUUACUUGACCCGCUUCAAAAAUCGCACAGGACAUGGCAAUCAUCAAUAGGGACAAAUACAAACAAUUGUAGACAAGAACCGGAAAUCGGAUUGACCUAUUCUCAGCUAAAGGGAAAUGAAACGAUGGUGGAUGAGCAUAAUUAUGGAGGCCUGUCAAAUUGCAUGAAGGAGAGUUUGGAUUCUACCCCUUUGUCACGUUCCGAGGCGAUUCUUGACCUUGAAUUCACCCUUGGAAGAUCCAGUUGGCAAACAGAACACGCCGAAUCAUCAAGAGAGUUAACUCUUCUCAAGUGUUAAAAUUAAAUAAGCAUCACCCCUUUCCUUGUCACUAAAAUACCGUACUUGAUAGGUGGAGGGGAAAGAGGAAUAUAUAUACAUAUAUUAUUCCAUGUGAAUGAUAUAUAUAUAUAUUUCUUAGUAGUGUCUGGGAAGAGAGAUGAGGAAUGGGAUAAAGGCUUUGCUACAAAACAUAUGCUUCAGUCCAAAGAAUUUCAGGCACUGUCUUUGAUGUCAUUUUCGGUGCAAGGUAUAUAACAUUAAAAGAAAAUUAGAAUGCCUCUUUCAGGCCAUGGACCAUGGGUUAUAGUUAGGCUAAAUAGGACCCAUUUUGGAAUGCUGAUUUUGGACAGGUGGGUCAAGUUUUAUGCCAGACUAUCAUAACAUCCUUCUCAUCAUAUCUGUA